GGGGGCAACAAUAAAAAUACGUUGCGAUGAAUCGGCCGACCGCUGAGCGAGCCCAGCAAACUCAAGCGAACCAAGAAUCAGGUACGUUACAGCACAUUUGGCAUUCGGGCCCCAUAAACUGCUAUGAAUGCGACAGCCUGGCGGAGUGCGAUGCCGGCUCCGGCACCCUGCGCAAGUGCCUUGACAACGACGCCCAGAACUGUGUGGCCAUCUUCGACAGCGACGGGGCUGUGGUGCAGCGCGGCUGCAGCGACAACCUGGUGACGGCCUGCUCGGCGGACCAGGACAAGUGCUACCAGUGCCGCUCCAAUGGCUGCAACAGCCUGAGUACCGACUCGGAGCUGGUGGAUUGCGUGUACUGCGACGCCCAGAGCGACGACAACUGCGUCUUCGACAUUGAGCUGGUGAAGGAUCGGCGACGGUGCCACCAGCAGUGCAUCACGGCCCUGUAUCCCACCACCAGCGACGCCAAGGCUACCCUGGAGCUGGUGAGGACCUGCCUGGACGACCUGGAAUACGACGAUCGCGAGGCCUGCGCCGAAGGAACCUUUCCGCAUUGUGUGGCCUGCACGGGAGCCAGUUGCAACCAGGUGGAGCUGGGCGUCCGAGGCAGCUGUAACGCCUGCCGUGGCUACUGCUCCAGUCCCCUGCCCCAGACCUGCCGCGCCGUGCCCGCCGACGACGACGUGGAGCACUACUUCAUCGAGUUCGACGAGUCCGGAACGCUCGCCGCACAGGGCUGCCUCAGCCAGUUCAAUGUCAGCGUUGUGCAGCUCCUCGAGGAGAACAAACGCCUCUGGUACCGCUCCGGGGCGGACAACUGCAAUGUGGCUACCGCCCUCCCUGUGCCCCAGAGCUGCAAACUGUGCAGCUCCAGCACUGAUGCUGACUGCGCCGUCGAUCCUGGCGUGGUGGAGUCGGAGACGGAGUGCGACAACGCCGUGAACACGGACUGCUACACGAGGAUUCUGGGCAAUGGACACACGGAGCGCGGCUGCCUGACGAGUCUGGAGGGCGCGGAGUACCUGGAUUGUCUGCGCGAAAGCAAUGUCACGCAGUGCGCCAAGUGCUCCGGAGAGAACUGCAAUCUGGAGCUGCAUCCCACCGAACGGCUGAGCUGUCAGACCUGCGACUCCAGCGAGGACCCCAAUUGCGAGGCGUCUCCAGCUUCCGCCGCCCUCUGCCUGCUGCACACCGGCAGCCAGCAGUGCGUGACCAGCCUGGACCUGGCUGGAAACACCAAGCGCGGAUGCAGUGCCUCGCUGGAGUGCGACUCGACGAGUCCCCAGAAGUGCCAGCUCUGCUCUGGCUCUGAGUGCAACACGGCCAACCUGAAGCGUCUGGAGGACGGCAGUCCGGGUCCCUGGCAGCAGGAACUGCCGCUCAGCUGUCAGAGCUGCCAGGACACCGCCUCCUGCGCGGCCAGCACCAUUGAGGAAGUGUCCUGCGCCACCGAGGCGGAGUACUGCAUGACGGUCUUCGAUGCGACGGGUGUGGUCCAGUGAGAGCAACAUCUACGACACUGUCCGCGGCUGCCUGGACGACAAGGACGAGAUGGACCAGCAGCGAUGCAUCAACGGAGAGGACAGCGAUUGUGUGGCCUGC